GGAAGAGACGUGGGGAGACGUGGGGUGUUCCUGGCUCAUUCUUUCUGCAUCAUCCUGCUGUUUCCUCUCAGGGACAGCCAAGACCUCAGUGUUUGGGUCAGAGUUCAGGGUGAGGGCUGAGCUUGAGUUUACCUUCUGGUUUGGGGUGGGAGCUGAGGCUGGGUCUAGAUUCCAAGCAGGAAUAGGGCUUGGGAUCAGGUUCUGGUUCUGGCUGAGUUGCAGAGCAGCUGUGAGUUUCUCCAGCUGGAAGCAUCAUACAGGUUUUUCCCAUGACCCCUGCACUUUUCAGAUGUCCUGUCUGCCCUGGCCCCCAUUCACCACAGCCAGGGAGGCUUAAGGGCUUCGUGUUCCCAGGAGUGGGCCAGGGUGCCCUUGCUCCGCCCUGCCUUAACAACAGUAUCGGUCCCUGUGAGUAGCAUUCUACGGUUGAAGUACUCAUUAGCAUACUUGAUAACAUUUGAUCCUCACAGGCUUUCAGGGAUGAAAUGAUUAGGCCCAGUGUACUGAUGAGGAAACUGCUGUUGAGACUUGCCCAAGGUUGCUGAGCAAAUCAGCACUGAAACCAAAGUUGUCACUACCCUUGGUCUAGGACUCUAGACUCACGUUCUUGCUUCUGUAUUGCUAAGGAAUGAUUGGGCAGCAGCCUGGCCUUGGCUCCUUCAAGUCCUGAGCUGAGUGUCCACUCCUAUGGUGUGCCCCCACACAUACCAUGUACACACCUUGUCCUGACCUAGAGAGGCCUGAGUGUUGGUGGGGGAAGGGGACUGGCUCAGGGGUUAAGGCACUAACUCAAAUCUGGCUGGAGGGGGAGAGAAAGACUGAUUAAAGCUAGAGAGAGUGUGACAAAGGCAUCUUCCUGGUUGUCUGGGAUCCACCUGGGCCCACAUGUGCUCACACACAUCCGGACAACCAGGGCCCUGCCCCUUCCCGUAUCUGCAUUGAUGCACAAACACCCAGCCCCAGCACGAAGCCCUCUGGCUGACCUGCUUGGAAGUUUGAUUUCCACUGGUGUGCCAACUGAGGGUGUUGGAGGUAGGGCAGACCUGUUCCCCUCCACCUCCCUCCAGGCAGGUUCUGGUGCUUGGAGCUGGACAAGAAAAGGCAGUGUGGGUGUGGAGGGCUCCCUGCCAGUUCCUGGGGCCUCUUUGUCCCCAGUCCCCAUGGCACCUCCCUGCCUGAUGCAUCACCAAACAGCCCCUCCUGGAUUCUGCUUCCUUGUGUCUUUUUAUCAACCUAUUUUCACUGUCUGCUUGGCGGCCCGUGGGCAGAGCUGGGAUACCAAUGGGAAGGAAGGAAAGAAGGAAGAAGCCCCUGGCUGAUGGGCCCAAGAACAAGACCAAAGGAGAGCCUCCCUGAAGAUGCAUAGCCUCCUCCUCUGCCCUGGGAUUGCCUCAGUGCCAUCCUUGGUGUUUCCCCGGUUCCGGGGUGGAGUUAGGAUGCACACAGGACAGGGGCCUGAGCCGGUUGGUCUGGAUUCCCAGGAAGAAUUCCAGGUUGGUAAAAGGAAUCCUCAAGUCCAGCUGAGCAGAGACUCCUCGCAGUGAGAGAAGGGGGUAAUCUGCACCCCUGGAAGGGGGACUCAGUUCCCACCCAAGCCUAAGUGGAAAGACCUAAGCCUUCCCCAAGCCCCAGGCUACAGCAGGGGUGGGGGCGUAAAGUGAGAUUGCGCCUACUCUGAUCCCCCUAAUCCAAAACUUGGGGGGCAGCUCACUCAUGCCUGGGGCUGUAAAGCAGCUGAGGAAGAAGGGACAGAUUUGGGGGUUGGGGAAGUCAGAAUAUCUGGUAGAGCCAGCAGGUCAGGGGUUAGCUGGUGGAGCCAGUCUGAGGGCCUGGCUGCUGAUGUCACCAGUCUGCAGCCUGGGAUUCUGGGACCUCCCUGGGCAGGAUGAGUUCCAGGACCAGGCCCCUGGGCCAGUUUCACAGGGCUGAGCCUGGACUGGGCUGUGCUGAGCUCGGCAGCAGGAGCCUGUGAGAGCCAAGCAUCCAGUCCGUGGGUCCCGUCCCAUCCAUCCUGACCUGUUCCAUCUUGACCCCAGGACCCAGCGCUGCGAUUGCCAACACUGCUGCCAGGCAUGAUGGACGGACCACGUUCCGACGUGGGCCGUUGGGGUGGGAACCCCUGGCAGCCCCCUACCACGCCUUCACCAGAGCCAGAGCCAGAGAGACGCUCUCGCAGAGGAGGCCGUUCCUUCUGGGCUCGCUGCUGUGGCUGCUGUUCAUGCCGAAAUGCAGCAGAUGACGACUGGGGACCUGAACCCUCUGACUCCAGGGACCGAGGGUCCAGCUCUGGAACCCGAAGGCCUGGCUCCCGGGGCUCAGUCUCCCACCGGCCUAUCUCCUGGGGCAGUGGUGUCAAUGCAGCUGGAGAUGGCACCAUCCGAGAGGGGAUGCUAGUAGUGACCGGUGUGGACUUGAUGAGCUCACGCUCAGACCAGAACCGCCGAGAGCACCACACAGACGAGUAUGAGUAUGACGAGCUGAUAGUACGCCGCGGGCAGCCUUUCCACGUGCUCCUCGUCCUGUCCCGGACCUAUGAAUCCUCUGAUCGCAUCACCCUUGAGUUACUCAUCGGAAACAACCCCGAGGUGGGCAAGGGCACACACGUGAUCAUCCCAGUGGGUAAGGGGGGCAGUGGCGGCUGGAAGGCCCAGGUGGUGAAGACCAAUGGACAGAAUUUGAACCUGCGGGUCCACACCUCUCCAAAUGCCAUCAUCGGCAAGUUUCAGUUCACAGUCCGCACACAGUCAGACGCUGGGGAGUUCCAGUUGCCCUUUGACCCCCGCAACGAGAUCUACAUCCUCUUCAACCCCUGGUGCCCAGAGGACAUUGUGUACGUGGACCAUGAGGAUUGGCGGCAGGAGUAUGUGCUUAAUGAAUCUGGGAGAAUUUACUACGGGACCGAAGCACAGAUUGGCGAGCGGACCUGGAACUAUGGCCAGUUUGACCACGGGGUGCUGGAUGCCUGCUUGUACAUCCUGGACCGGCGGGGGAUGCCAUAUGGAGGCCGUGGAGACCCAGUCAGUGUCUCCCGGGUCAUCUCUGCCAUGGUGAACUCCCUGGAUGACAAUGGAGUCCUGAUUGGGAACUGGUCUGGUGAUUACUCCCGAGGCACCAACCCAUCAGCGUGGGUGGGCAGCGUGGAGAUCCUGCUUAGCUACCUACGCACCGGCUAUUCCGUCCCCUAUGGCCAGUGCUGGGUCUUUGCUGGCGUGACCACUACAGUGCUGCGCUGCCUGGGUCUGGCCACCCGUACUGUCACCAACUUCAACUCUGCCCAUGACACAGACACAUCGCUUACCAUGGACAUCUACUUCGAUGAGAAUAUGAAGCCCCUGGAGCACCUGAACCAUGAUUCUGUCUGGAACUUCCAUGUAUGGAAUGACUGCUGGAUGAAGAGGCCCGAUCUGCCCUCGGGCUUUGACGGGUGGCAGGUGGUGGAUGCCACGCCCCAGGAGACUAGCAGUGGCAUCUUCUGCUGUGGCCCCUGCUCCGUGGAGUCCAUCAAGAAUGGCCUGGUCUACAUGAAGUAUGAUACACCUUUCAUUUUUGCUGAGGUGAAUAGUGACAAGGUGUACUGGCAGCGGCAGGAUGAUGGCAGCUUCAAGAUUGUGUAUGUUGAGGAGAAGGCCAUCGGCACACUCAUUGUCACCAAGGCCGUUGGCUCCAACAUGCGGGAGGACAUCACCUACCUCUAUAAGCAUCCAGAAGGCUCAGAUGCGGAGCGGAAGGCAGUAGAGACAGCAGCAGCCCACGGCAGCAAACCCAACGUGUACGCCAACCGGGGCUCAGCUGAGGAUGUGGCCAUGCAGGUGGAGGCACAGGACGCAGUGAUGGGGCAGGAUCUGAACGUCUCUGUGAUGCUGACCAAUCAAAGCAGCAGUCCCCGCACAGUGAAACUGCACCUCUAUCUCUCAGUCACCUACUAUACUGGUGUCACUGGGACUAUCUUCAAGGAGACAAAGAAGGAAGUGGCGCUGGCACCGGGGGCCUCGGACCGUGUGACCAUGCCCGUGGCCUACAAGGAAUACCGGCCCCACCUUGUGGACCAGGGGGCCAUGCUGCUCAACGUCUCAGGCCAUGUCAAGGAGAGCGGGCAGGUGCUGGCCAAGCAGCACACCUUCCGUCUGCGCACCCCAGAUCUCUCCCUCACGUUACUGGGAGCAGCAGUGGUUGGCCAGGAGUGUGAAGUACAGAUUGUCUUCAAGAACCCCCUGCCCGUCACCCUCACCAAUGUCGUCUUCCGGCUUGAGGGCUCCGGGUUACAGAGACCCAAGAUCCUCAACGUUGGGGACAUCGGGGGCAAUGAGACAGUGACACUGCGCCAGACAUUUGUGCCUGUGCGGCCAGGCCCCCGCCAGCUCAUUGCCAGCUUGGACAGCCCGCAGCUCUCCCAGGUGCACGGUGUUAUCCAGGUAGAUGUGGCCCCAGCCUCUGGGGACAGAGGCCUCUUCUCAGAUGCUGGAGGUGACAGUCACUUGGGAGAGACCAUCCCUAUGGCAUCUCGAGGUGGAGCUUAGCCCUGUGCCAGGAGCAAUGGGACUGGAGUCAGAUGAGCAAGGACACUGGGCCCCAAGAUGGGGGCCCACUGCAGAGCAGCUCACCAGAGCUCAGGUGGGGAGUCCAGGGCUCCUGGAGAGGGAGUCCGUCUUCACUUGCACUGGGGGCACAGAUGCUAAUAAACUAUUUUUUAAUGAA